AUGAAGGCAGUAGAAACACGAAGUUUUAAAUUGAAGUCCGGCUCCUCGGAGAAGCCCGGUCAGCAGAUGGCGGCUGCCGACGUGGGUUCACACCUGCAGCACAUGUGCAGCCUCGAUAUUGACUCCAAAGCCUCAUAUGUCCGGCUUUCUGGCAUCAUUUGUACCAUUGGUCCCGUCUCCCGCGAUGUGGCUAUGUUGGAGAAAAUGAUGGAAACGGGCAUGAAUGUAGCCCGUAUGAACUUCUCACACGGCUCACACGAGUACCACGCGGAGACCAUCAAGAACUGCCGCGAGGCUGAGAAGAACUACAGCGCCAAGCUCGGCAUGCCCUUCUCCUUGGCCAUCGCACUCGACACCAAGGGUCCUGAGAUCAGGACUGGGCUACUAGAGGGCGGUGGGUCUGCAGAGGUGGAACUGAAAAAAGGCGAAACUAUCAAUCUGACUACUGACCUAUCAUACCAAGAGCGAGGCAACGCUGCCACCAUCUUUGUCGACUACAAGAAUAUUACCCAAGUUGUGAAGCCCGGCAACAAGAUCUUCAUCGAUGAUGGCCUUAUUUCAGUGGUCUGCAAGUCCUCCACCGCUGACACUUUGGUGUGCACCAUUGAGAACGGAGGUAUGUUGGGAUCGAGAAAGGGUGUAAAUUUGCCCGGUCUACCUGUUGAUUUACCUGCAGUGUCAGAAAAGGAUAAAUCUGAUCUCCUCUUCGGUGUAGAACAAGGUGUGGACAUGAUUUUCGCAUCAUUCAUCCGCAAUGGUGCAGCUCUACAGGAGAUCCGCAGCAUCCUGGGUGAGAAAGGAAAGAACAUCAAGAUCAUCUCCAAGAUUGAGAACCACCAAGGCAUGGUCAACUUGGACGAGAUUAUCGCUGCUUCAGAUGGCAUCAUGGUAGCUCGUGGUGAUCUUGGAAUUGAGAUCCCGCCGGAGAAGGUGUUCCUCGCGCAGAAGACCAUGAUUGCUCGCUGCAACCAAGUUGGAAAACCAGUCAUCUGCGCUACUCAAAUGUUGGAGUCUAUGGUUAAGAAGCCGCGCCCAACUCGUGCGGAGACUUCGGAUGUCGCUAAUGCAAUUUUGGACGGGGCGGACUGUGUCAUGUUGUCCGGAGAGACCGCCAAGGGAGACUAUCCUUUGGAGUGUGUCCUCACUAUGGCCAACAUUUGCAAGGAGGCUGAGGCUGCUAUCUGGCAUAAGCAGUUGUUCACUGACCUGGUUACACAGGUGAAAGGGCCCAUCGAGCCUGCGCACUCUGUGGCGAUAGCGGCGGUGGAGGCCGCGAGCAAGUGCAUGGCGUCGGCCAUCGUGGUGAUCACGACGAGCGGGCGCUCGGCGCACCUGCUCAGCAAGUACCGGCCGCGCUGCCCCGUCAUCGCCGUCACGCGCCAGCCGCAGACGGCGCGCCAGGCGCACCUGUACCGCGGCGUGCUGCCCAUCGUCUACAAAGAGCCGGCGGUGAGCGACUGGCUGAAGGACGUGGACCUGCGCGUGCAGUACGGGCUGCAGUUCGGGCGCGAGCGUGGCUUCGUGCAGCGCGGCGACCAGGUGGUGGUGGUGACGGGCUGGCGCCAGGGCUCCGGCUUCACCAACACUAUGCGCGUCAUCCCUGUGGAAUAA